UAGAACACGGAAGUAGGAAUGGAAACGAGUUUUUUUUGUUCCUUGUGUGGAGUAAAGAAAAUACAUACUGACUUAACUAAAUAGGCUACCCAGCUCUAAUUUGACAUAAAAUGUCUAAACUACAGUUGUUUCAUGUGUUUUUAAAUGAGCGUUUAACGGCGGCUGCUGUGGAUAUUUUUGGGGAAGUUGAGAAAACGGUAGUAGAAUACCAGGAGGAGAAUGAUCGGCUACGGAGACUGCUGCGGAGGACACCAGAGAUACAACUAUGUAGAAUAGACUCCCUGCAGCUCUCUGUCUCUGAAGAGGAGGUUCCCCCUGAGCAGCAGGAGUGGAGUCCCAGUCUGGGACAGAAGGACCCAGAGCCCAUACAGAUUAAAGAGGAAGAGGAAGAAGUCAGGACCAGUCAGGAGGAAGAGCAGCUUCAAGGGGUGGAGCCUGAUAUCAUAGAGUUCAUAUUUACUCCUCCUUGUGUGAAAAGUGAAUGUGAUCAGGAGGACCCACGUCAAGAAGCCAUACUAGCUGAACACCCAACUCUCAGUCCACUGAAAAUGUCUAAACUACAGUCGUUUCGAGAGUUUUUAAAUGAGCGUUUAACGGCGUUUGCUGCUGUGGAGAUUUCCGGGGAAUUUGCGAAAGCAGUAGCGGAGUACCAGGAGGAGAAUGAUCUUCUACGGAGACUGCUGCGGAUCACACCUGAGAUACAACUAUGUAGAAUAGACUCCCUGCAGCUCUCUGUCUCUGAAGAGGAGGUUCCCCCUGAGCAGCAGGAGUGGAGCCCCAGUCUGGGGCAGAAGGACCCAGAGACCACAAAGAUUAAAGAGGAACAGGAGGAAGUCAGGACCAGUCAGGAGGAAGAGCAGCUUCAAGGGGUGGAGCCUGAUAUCAUAGAGUUCAUAUUUACUCCUCCGUGUGUGAAAAGGGAAUGUGAUCAGGAGGACCCACAUCAAGAAGCCAUACUAGCUGAACACCCAACUCUCAGUCCACUGAAAACGUCUAAACUACAGUCGUUUCGAGAGUUUUUAAAUGAGCGUUUAACGGCGUUUGCUGCUGUAGAGAUUUCCGGGGCAUUUGUGAAAACCGUAGUGGAGUACCAGGAAGAGAAUGAUCGGCUACGGAGACUGCUGCGGAUCACACCUGAGAUACAACUAUGUAGAAUAGACUCCCUGCAGCUCUCUGUCUCUGAAGAGGAGGUUCCCCCUGAGCAGCAGCACUGUGAGCAGGAGUGGAGCCCCAGUCUGGGGCAGGAGGACCCAGAGCCCACACAGAUUAAAGAGGAACAGGAGGAAGUCAGGACCAGUCAGGAGGAAGAGCAGCUUCAAGGGGUGGAGCCUGAUAUCAUAGAGUUCAUAUUUACUCCUUCCUGUGUGAAAAGUGAAUGUGAUCAGGAGGACCCAGUUCAGUCCUUGACUCUUCCCCAAACCCAGAUUGUGGAGAACAGAGAGAGAGAUUCUAAACCAGUGAAUCUCAAACCUUUUGGCAUUGUGACCAACCUAAACGGUCUUUACAUUCCCUGUGACCCUCCAGAUAAUCAAAACAAUGCCUCCAGCCACAGCUCAGCUGUAAGCAGCGACACAGUAGGACUUGAUAUCAGUCCACCAUUGGAGAAACACUGUUCCAAACCCAGCACCACAUCUAGAAGAACUCACCACUGCCGUGACUGUGGUGAAACAUUUGCUCUGAAAGCUGACCUGCAGAGACAUGUGACUCUCAUCAAGAACAGACUCAGUGAAUGUAGAUUCUGCAAAAAACGCUACAACUCCACCUGUAAACUGAAGGCCCAUGUCCAACUCUGUCACAGUGGUAAACCCUGCACCUGCCCUGUUUGUGGAAAGAUCUUCAAACAAAAAGGGCAUCUGUCCAGGCACAUGAUGAUUCACACAGGAGAGAAACCUUUUAGCUGUGGUGACUGCGGGAAAAGUUUCAAUCUCAAGAAGACACUAAUUGAACAUAUACGGACUCACACAGGAGAGAAACCUUUUAGCUGUGGUGACUGUGGGAAAAGCUUCAGUGUCAAUAGGAACCUAAUUAAGCACAAACUGACUCACACAGGAGAGAAACAACAUGGCUGCUCAGUCUGUGGUAAAAGAUUCAUUCAGAAGACUAAUCUGCUGAGGCAUGUUAAAAACAACCACAAAGAAUAAAAACAAGACAAAGGAAGAAAGAAAGUAAAUGAGGACACAGAGAGGGGACUAAGAGAGUAUUGAGAUACACCUGUGGACCAACUGUAACUGGUCCUCCUGAUCCUGCUCAGUCCAAUGUCACAGUAAUGGUCUAAUGUGUGUGUGUGUGUGUGUGUGUGUGUAUGUAUGUAUGUAUGUAUGUAUGUAUGUAUGUAUGUAUGUAUGUAUGUAUGCUGCUUCUUUGUUCAUUAAAGGGGCAAUCUGCAGUUCAGACAACAACAAAGCAGACACCCCGACACUGGUAAACAUCUUAGGGAUGUGGUUGGAGAAUUGUAAAUACUCAAAUUGAUAGACGGAUAUCAAAUUUGCAUGUUGCUACUUUGUUCAUUAAAGGUACCAUCAGAGGUGUGCAGUCGUGGCCAAAAGUUUUGAGAAUGACGCAAAUAUUAAUUUUCA